CAGUAUCGUUCUUGACUUCGACUAAGUAAUAUUGGAAUCAAAAUCAUGUUUACGAAUAGCUUCGGAGAAUACAAAAAUAUUUCCUGUGGCCUAGUGUCAAUGGUGGAUGCAGCUCAUCCUGAAGUCUCUCCAAUUCCAUUGCUAUCUGUGUAUGUGACUGCAUUGGUGCUGCAUGCUGUGGCGCAAGUGGAAAUAACCCAAAACUAUAUGAACAAGGAAGAGCAGCCGAUUGAGGCUAUUUAUUACUUUCCAAUUGAUCCGGAUGGAGCGGUGACCAAUUUUCGAGUGGAGCUGGAUGACAGAAUGAUCAAAGGCGUAGUGAAACCCAAAGAGGAAGCACAACGGACGUAUGAUCAGGCAGUGGCGAAUAGAACGACAGCGUUCCUGGGAGAGGAGAUUAAAGCUGAUAUGUUCAAACUUCGAGUUGGUAGUUUGCGACCAGGCGCUCGCGUGAAGGUUACCAUCGAAUACGUUACAGAAGUAAAAAAUGAACCCGGAACAAAUAACAUUCGCUUCUAUAUACCAACGACAAUUGCACCGCGUUACAUUUCUGCCAAUGAAACCGAUCCCCAAGCGAUGGAUAUUAGGAACAUGAAGUUCUCAUCGUCAUCACCAGCACCUUUGUCGAUGAGAGUGGAAGUUUCCGUCCAAGGUGGAAUUAAGUCCGUUGUUAGUCCCACACAUACAGUGACCGUAGAGAAAUCUGAAGCAACUACGUUCGAAAAUGAUGACUGGCAGAAGGCUACCGUAGAAUUGUCGGGACAAACAACCGACAUGGAUCGUGAUUUUGUGAUCAUUAUUGAACCACGGGAAAAGCAUCAGCCAAGACUGUAUUCAGAGAAUUCGGACAAUGGCAAUGGUUCUACUGCUGCUAUGAUUCAAUUGCUGCCUAGUUUCAAAUUGAAGGAACAGAAGACGGAACUGAUAUUCGUAUUGGACAGGUCUGGAUCCAUGAUGGGUCAAAGUAUCCGUUCGGCGAAGGAAGCUCUCACGCUGUUCCUUCAUUCCAUGCCUGUCGAUUGCUAUUUCAAUGUGCUAGGAUUCGGUUCUAGGUAUGAGUUCUUGUUUCCGGUUAGUGUCAAAUACGAUGACGGAAGUUUGAGGAUGGCAUUGAAACAUGCAACCGAAUUGAGCGCCGAUCUUGGUGGUACCGACAUUUUUGAGCCAUUAGAAGCAUUGUACGAAACACCAUCGAUCGAUGGAUACUCGAAGCAGUUCUUUAUUCUCACCGACGGCGAAGUUUACGACACGGAGCGGGUGCUCGGAAUAGUUAAGGCUAACGCACAUAAAGUACGAGUGUUUACACUUGGUAUCGGUGCAUCCGCAUCACAUUAUUUGGUUGAAGGAGUUGCCACAGCUGGUGGUGGAACAGCGGUUUUUGUAGAUUAUAACGAAAGCAUGGAUAAGAAGGUUAUCAAUCAACUGAAAAAUGCAUUGCAACCGUCACUGUUCAAUGUCACAAUAAAGUGGAAUGAAUCGGCUACAGAUGAUGUUCCAGAGCGACAAGCGUCCGAUUUUGUUGUGAAUACAGCUAGAACUUUAAUCGGCUAUAACAAACCAAUCGAGACUGAAGCAGUGACCUCAGAAUCGCGCCUUUCGGGGAUCAAACAAUCACCCAAGAAAGUUCGUCCAAUAUUUGACGGGUCACAGUUGUUGGUAUUUGGAAUUUUCAAAAAUGGUGGUCCGAAAUCGGUGCUUAUUACGGCGCACACACCUGAUGGGCCACUUACUGUGCGAAUAGAGCAUUCUCCUUCCAAUAAUCUCGACGGAAAUGGAAAUUUACUUCAUCGUCUUGCAGCGAUAAAACUGAUUCGUGAGCUGGAAAUGGAAGUUUCUGCAUUGCAAUCCGAACAUUCGGAAGCAGAGAAGAUCUUGAAAAACGAAAUCAUAGAAAUUGCAUGUCAGAACGGAAUUGCGUCCAGAUACACUUCCUUUAUUGCCACUGACGUGAGAAACGACAAGCAAUCGGAUGAAAGCUGGGUGAUGGUAACAAGACAUGUACCUAGUCAAAUUGCACAUGGCUGGCAUGGUGGGAAUCGGAUGAGUGCGGCGGCAUUUCCAGCGCGAGGUUCAUAUAGUAGCGGAUAUAGUAGAUAUGGUGCGGUCGGAUCUAGUGGGAUCGGAUCUAGUGUUGUCGGAUCUAGUGGGAUCGGAUAUAGUGGGAUACAAUCUAGUGUGAGCGGAUACAGUGGGAGACAUUAUAGUCAGCAACCAUCUUACAAUUAUCAGCCUUUACCUUACAAUUAUCACUCAUAUGGUGCGACUCGCUAUUCGGGGACAACCGCAAGCAGAUCAUAUAGUUCGGUUAAUAGGGUGGCCGACGCAUCCUACAGCGAUUAUGACGACGAUAAUAGUACUAAAAAUAACGCUGCAUUAGGAUCUUCGUCCACGUUGAUGCGACUCAUCAAUCUUCAAUCGUAUGAUGGAUCAUUCAGCUUGAACGAAGACUUAUCACAGAUCUUAGGAAAAUCGUUGCAGGAACUCAAAGCAGCAUGCGUCACACAUAAUUUGUCCGAACAAAAGUUUGCAACGGCAUUGGCAGUAGAUUUUUUCAGAAGUAAACUAGCCGACGAAAAAGACCGAUGGGAAUUGAUUGUGUCGAAGGCUCAGCAGUGGUUAAGUAGUGCAGUCCAACCAGAAAAUAUGAACGCAGUUACCAAAUUGGCAUCAGACUUUCUAAAAUGAAGCCGAAAAAUGUGACCGUCACCUUUUAUUUGAGACACGAAAGACUCUGUUUUUGUGUGGUUUGUACCGAAUACUUCAACUAAAAAUAAAUAAAAAUAAACGAACUUAAUGAUAA